AACUAUACAUCCUAUAUUUUCUGUCAACAAAUAAUUUCCAACUUUCCCAUUUCUCUCUCACUCACUCAUCAUUUCAUCGCCGCAAAUUCAACCAACCACCACCGAAAUCAUUGAUACCCCGCCGUUUAUUCCGGCCAUUCUCCGCCGGAUAUCUCCCAAAUUCAUCACACUCAUGCUUCCCAUCACCGACACCAUCUCACCACCGUCACCUAAAAAACCACUUCCUGAAUUACAUCGAAAAAACUCUUUUAGUUCCAUUAAACCUUAUCUUCCUCGUACAUGGCUUAUUCUCUUUGUCUUUUUCCUUCAAAUCGUUCUCCUAUUAUUCGCUCGCAAUUUCCACGUGUCCACCGCCAUCACCACCACCACCCACCAACCGGAGCCAACCACCUUCGCCGUCGUUCACGGCGGAGAAGAUGACGGUAACAACCAAUGCCCAUUAGGUAAAAUAUUCGUAUACGAAUUACCAUCAUUUUUCAACACCGAGUUAUUAGAAAACUGUCAUGAAUUAAACCCUUUUGGUCCUCGUUGCGACACCUAUUCUAACGACGGACUUGGCCGUCCGGCGACAAAGCUUGCCGGAGUGAUUCCGUCAAGUCUAGCCGGCUCAUGGUUUUGGACUGACCAGUUUGCAUCAGAAAUAAUCUAUCAUAAUAGAAUGAUGAACUAUCGUUGUAGAACAUUAGAGCCAGAAUCAGCUACGGCGUACUACAUUCCGUUUUACGCUGGACUCGCAGUGGGUAAAUAUCUAUGGACGAAGAAUUACACGGCAGAAGAUCGUGACCGUCAUUGCGAAAUGAUGCUGAAGUGGGUUCAUGAUCAACCGUAUUGGAAGAAAUCGGACGGUUGGGAUCAUUUCAUUACGAUGGGACGCAUCACAUGGGAUUUCCGUCGGUCUAAUGAACAAGAUUGGGGGUCAAGAUGUAUUUAUUUACCAGGGAUGAGAAACAUCACACGGUUAUUAAUUGAGCGGAAUUCAUGGGACUAUUUUGAUGUCGGUGUUCCUUAUCCCACUGGAUUCCAUCCCAAUACCCCUUCAGAUGUCGCCACGUGGCAGGACUUCGUCCGUACACGUGACCGAGAUACCUUGUUCUGUUUUGCUGGUGCGACGCGUGGGCUUAUCAAGAAUGAUUUUCGUGGGUUGUUGUUGAAUCAAUGCUACAACUCGUCGGAUUCUUGUCGGGUCGUGGAUUGUGGCGGGUCAAAAUGCUCCAACGGGACUUCGUUAAUCCUUGAGUCUUUUCUCGGGUCCGAAUUUUGUCUUCAGCCUAGGGGAGAUAGCUUUACUAGGAGGUCUAUUUUUGAUUGCAUGAUUGCGGGUUCGGUUCCAGUGUUCUUCUGGAACCGAACCGCGUACUCACAAUACGAAUGGUUCUUACCGGGUCAGCCCGAAAGCUAUUCGGUUUUUAUUGAUAAAAAUGACGUGUUAAAUGGGAAGUCUAUAAAAAGCGUACUUGAGAAAUUUGGAAAAGAUGAGGUGAGAAAAAUGAGAGAAAAAGUGAUUGAAUAUAUUCCAAGAAUUGUGUAUGCAAAACCACAUGAAGGUCUUGAAGGUAUGAAAGAUGCAUUUGAUGUGGCUGUGGAAGGAGUUUUGAAUAGGGUGAAGGAUCAUGAGAAAGAAGGGUUUAAAUGGUAAUUAUUGUUAUUAUUUUGGCAAAUUUUUAUAUCAAACAAUUCGAUAUAUUAUUUUUAUACAAAUCUGAUAAAGAUGGUAGAAAUUAGUUUAUAGAUAUACAAGUUUUGGCUAAGUGGGAAUGGUGACUGAUGUAAAAUUUGUACAAUUUAUGAUUGGUUUGCUACAAGUAGAUAUAUAAGAGUAAUAAUAAUAAUAAACUUAUUUACAAUA